AUGGGACAAGAUAAUGCAAAUGCAGCCAACAACGUAAGUGAAUGGGCAGGAACAGUCUAUAUGUGUUCCCUUGUAGGUGCCUUCCUCAGUGACUCCUAUUGGGGGAGGUACAAGACUUGUGUUGUCUUCCAAGCCAUCCUUGUUCUUGGUCUGGGGCUAUUGUCGCUAACAUCCUCCAGGUUUUUACUGAAACCUAGUGGUUGUGGAGAUGAACACUUUACAUGUGGAUCUCAUUUGCCAUAUCAGAAAGCUUUGUUCUACACCUCAAUAUACCUAAUAGCCCUAGGAUAUGGAGGAUACCAACCCAACAUUGCCACGUUUGGUGCUGAUCAGUUCGAUGAAGCUGACCCAGAAGAAGGACACUCAAAGAAAGCAUUCUUCAGUUAUUUCUAUUUCGCUCUCAACAUUGGAUCUCUCUUCUCCGACACAGUAUUAGGUUAUUUUGAGAGUGAAGCUAUGUGGACUCUAGGAUUUUGGACCUCAACAGGAUCUGCUAGUCUUGCUUUGAUCUUGUUCCUUUGUGGUACUACGAGGUACAGAUACUUUAAACCAGGAGGAAAUCCGAUUCCUAGAUUUUGUCAAGUCAUUGUUGCAGCAACAAGAAAAUGGAAGGUCAAGGGUAUCUCUGGGGAUGACAACCUUUUUGAAGUUGAAGAAUAUUCUAAUCGAGGAAGAAAGAUAGUGCACACUGAAGGACUUAGGUAUGUUGACCUCGUCAUUUUAAUUAUUCAAGUUGAAGAAGUUAAAUGCAUACUAAGACUAAUCCCAAUUUGGCUAUGCACCAUGUUAUACUCCGUUGUUUAUACUCAAAUGUCAUCACUAUCUGUAGAACAAGGUGCAUCAAUGGACACUAGAAUUUCAUCUUUCAAAAUUCCUCCAGCAAGCGUGGCUAUAUUCAACAUCAUAAGCGCCUCUGCUUUCAUCUUCUUUUACGAGCGAGUUCUUCUUAACCCGCUCAUCGCCCAAAAGAUGAACAACAAAGGACUCACAGAGCUUCAAAGGAUGGGAAUCGGACUCAUC